CUCGAAAAUGGGGGGAGGGAGCCUAGAUACUGAAUAAGAGGGGGAGGGAAGAGUGGUAUACGGGGAUUAAGAGGGUUUGCAAUGGGCAACCACACUGAGAGAGGAGGGUGCAGAGCCCUCAUUCUUAUGUCCAGAAGCCAGCUAAUGACGCUAGAGAGAAUAAAAAACAGGCAAGACAGCAGAAGCUGAGUGAUGAGGGAGAGAGGAAGAGAGAAAGUGAGGAUAGGAGACAGGGAGGCAGGCAGCCCCAGACUGCGGCCAGCCUCUGCCAGCGCCCUCCUGAGCCACCAAAUCCCCCAUGCAGCCUGGACCCCAGGGUCCCUGAGGCCUGCACCAAGGAUGGGCACCAGGGAGGUGGUGAUGCACCCUCCUGUGUUGGGGCUGCUGGGCUGCUGUCUCCUCUGUGGUUGGGCUCUGGGGGAUUCGUGGCCCCUCCGCUCUCUGCCCCCGCUGUCCUCCCAAGUCAAGGCAGGAUCUGUACCCAUGUGGGUGACCCCAGAGGGUGCGGAAGCAGCCCUGGCUUUUCUCUACUCUGGAGAUGCCCAACAGCUGUUACGGACUAAUUGCAGUGAACGCUAUGAAGCCCAGGGGGCAGGAGCCAGACCAGGGCUCCUGCCAAUCCUACAGAGGGCAGCGGGCACCCUUGCCCAGGCUGCCAAUUUCCUCAACAUGCUUCUACAAGCCAACGACAUCCGCGAGUCCAGUGUGGAGGAGGAUGUGGAGUGGUACCAGGCGCUGGUCCGAAGCGUGGCUGAGGGGGACCCAAGGGCAUACCGGGUUUUGCUAACUUUUAACCCUCCGCCAGGGGCCAGCCACCUGCAGCUAGCCCUACAGGCCACCCGGACGGGGGAAGAGACCAUUCUCCAGGACUUGUCUGGGAACAGGGUGCAGGAGGAGAGCCUAACCGGGGCCCUGGACACCCCUGCCCUGCAGAAACGGGUGCUGACUAAUGACCUAGGAAGCCUCGGAAGCCCCAAGUGGCCACGGGGAGAUGGCUAUGUGGGGGACAUGCAGCAUGUGAAGCUGUCUCCUCCCUUCCUGGAAUGCCAGGAGGGCCGGCUCCGUCCUGGCUGGCUUAUCACACUCUCAGCCACCUUCUAUGGACUCAAGCCAGACCUCAGUCCGGAGGUCAGGGGGCAGGUGCAGAUGGACAUAGAUCUUCAGAGUGUGGACAUCAAUCAGUGUGCCAGUGGCCCAGGCUGGUACUCUAACACGCACCUGUGUGAUCUCAACAGCACCCAGUGCGUUCCUCUGGAGAGUCAGGGCUUUGUCCUUGGCCGCUACCUCUGUCGCUGCCAGCCUGGCUUCUAUGGGGCAAGCCGCUCUGGGGGGUUAGAGGAGAGUGCUGCCCCGCCUCCGGGGCAAUUUGGGUCCCCACAAGGCCGCUCCGGGAGGCUGCUGCGGUGCCAGCCAUGUGCUGAGGGCUGCACUAGCUGCAUGGAUGCCACACCUUGUCUGGUGGAGGAGGCCCUGGCACUGCGGGCAGCAGUGUUGGCCUGCCAGGCCUGCUGCAUGUUGGUCAUCUUCCUGAGCAUGCUGUUCUCCUACCGCUGCCGCCAGAGCAAGAAGAUCUGGGCGUCUGGAGUGGUCCUGCAGGAAACCAUCCUUUUUGGGUCCCUGCUGCUCUACUUUCCUGUCUUCAUCCUGUACUUCAAGCCCAGCGUAUUCCGCUGCAUCGCUCUCCGCUGGGUCCGGCUGAUGGGUUUUGCCAUUGUCUAUGGCACCAUUAUUCUCAAGCUUUAUAGAGUGCUCCAGCUGUUCCUGUCUCGAACGGCCCAGCGGGGCCCCCACCUGAGCAGCGGAUGGAUGCUGCGGCAUUUGGGUCUGCUCCUGCUGCUAGUGAUGGGUUUCCUGGCUGUGUGGACGGUGGCAGUCCUGGAGAGAGGCGUCCUGCACAUGCCCCUGGUGAUCCGAGGCCACACUCCCGCAGGCCGCCACUUCUCUCUCUGCCACCACGACCGCUGGGACUAUAUCAUGGUUGUGGCCGAGAUGCUGCUCCUGUGCUGGGGCAGCUUCCUCUGCUAUGCCACCCGGGCUGUGCCCUCAGCUUUCCAUGAGCCGCGCUACAUGGGCAUCGCCCUGCACAACGAGCUGCUGCUCUCUGCUGCCUUCCACACGGCUAGGUUUAUGCUGCUUCCCUCUCUGCACCCGGACUGGACCCUCCUUCUCCUCUUCUUCCACACCCACAGCACAGUGACUGCCACCCUGGCUCUGAUCUUCAUCCCUAAGUUCAGGAAGCCGGGGGCUCCUCCCCGAGAGGAGAUGGUAGAUGAGGUGUAUGAGGAUGACCUGGACCUGCAGCGCUCAGGCUCCUACUUCGACAGCAGCACUGCCUCAGCCUGGAGCGAGCGCAGCCUGGACCCCGGAGACAUUCGGGACGAACUGAAAAAGCUCUAUGCCCAGCUAGAGGUCCAUAAAACCAAGGAAAUGGCUGCUAACAACCCCCACCUGCCCAAGAAGCAGGGCAGCUGGCGCCAGGCGCUGGGCCGCUCCUUCAUGAGGUACCUGGCUGAAUUCCCCGAGGCCCUGGCCUGGCAGCACUUCCGGGACUCGGGCUCCCCGGCCCGCAGCAGCCUUCCUGGCUCCUCCCGCCGUCGACUUCUCAGUUCCAGCCUCCAGGAAGCUGAAGGGCCACCAGCCCUGCGCAAGUCCCGAGGCACCUGUGACCAUGACCACCACAGGGAGCAGGACUCGCCUCUCCUUGACUCACAGCUGAGGAGGAAGCUGGCCAAGAAGGCCCCACGGGCAGAGAGCCAGGAGUCAGUGGAGGGGCCACCUGCCCUGGGCUUCAGGUCAGCCAGCGCCCACAACCUGACGGUGGGAGACAGGCUCCCCAGAGCCCGGCCUGCUUCCCUGCAGAAAUCGCUCAGUGUCAUGGCCGGCUCCAGGGAAAAGGCCCUGCUUGUGGCCAGCCAGGCCUAUCUGGAGGAGACCUACCGGCAGGCAAAGGAGCGAGAGGAGAGAAAGAAGACAGAGGCGGCCUUGGUGAGCCCAGUUCAGAGGCCGUCAGCCAGGAGGCUGGAGCGAGCACGUGGGGCCCCUCUGUCAGCUCCACCUUCCCCUGCCAAGAGCAGCAGCAUGGACACCUCCUAUGCCUCUGGAAAGCUCCAGGAGGAGGCUGCAAGAAAGCUGCCUCACCCACCCAUCCAGCACCAGGUCUCCACACCAAUCAUGGUCCUGUCUGGAGCCUGCCUGGGAGAGUCAAGGAUGCUGGCUCCCACCUCCAUCUUGGCUCCAGCUCUGACACCAGCUCCAGCUCCAGCCCCAGCCCUGGCCCCGGCCCCGGCCCUAGCACCAGUCCCAGUAUCCCCUCGAAAUCCCAGCUUACUCGCCUACAUCUGCCCAUGGGAGAAUGCAGAACUGCCAGUCAAGAAAGAAAAUGUGGCUCACGAAGGCCCCUCUGGGCCAGAGCGAAGCAACCACGCCCCUGCCCCAGCUCGGGCCAGACUCUGGAGGGCCCUCUCUGCUGCAACAGAGAAAAGGGGUGCUGGGGAGAAUGGGAUGGACCCAGAGGACAGGCGUCUCCAGGGGGAAGCUGAUGAUGUGGAUGAGGACAGGCCCAAGGUCUUCUCUAAAUCCCACAGCCUCAAGACCCCUGCUCAGCAGGGUUCUGUGCGCAGCCUGGGACUGGCUAUCAAAGCUUUGACCCGUUCUCGGAGCACAUACAGAGAGAAGGAGAGUGGGGAAGGGAGUCCUGAGAGGGAGAAGAGCAGAGCUUCCGGAGAGGGUGUGGGGUCAUGCCCCAGGUCCCCCAGGCUAGGCGGGCGCAAGGUGGUGAGCAAGCAAGCUGCCCUUGCCCCCUGUGAAGAUGAAGAGUCCCUCCAGAACCAACAGAAUGCUCACACCAGCAGAAUGCUACGCGUCUGUCACCAGGAGGGCAGCAGGGAACAAGAAAACACAGGCAGGAGGACAUCCCAGGGUCAAGGGGAGGGGAGAGUUGAGAGAGCAGGUAAAACAGGGCCUGCCACACUGAGGCAAGUCUGGCAGGGCACAGAUGCGGACAAAAAUGCUGAGCGAGCGCAGCAAGCCCCUGUAGGGAGGCGGGAACUGCUCAAAGCUGACCUCCAGCCCCUGGGCAGUGCUGACUGCAGGGUGGCAGAGGUAUGCCCCUGGGAAGUCACUGACUCGGAAAGCAACAGGGCUGAAAUCUGCCCCUGGGAGGUGAGUGAAGGAGCCACUGAGAGGAGGGCAUUAAGACAAGAUCUGGACAACUCCCAAGAAGAGAGGGGGAAAACCCCAGAAGAAUCAGAGCCUAAAAAUGAGGCUGCCAUUACUCGGCAAAAGCCAGAGAGGCUGGUCAGGGGGCAGGAGGCGGUGUGUCCCUGGGAGAAUGCGGAUCCCAGGGGUCUGUCCCCUCAGUCAGCCCCUCAGGGCUCUGAAAGAACCAAGGGCGUGUCUGAGGCAGGGGGCAGAGUGGAGGCUAGAGAGGUGGAGAAACAUGGGCAGGAAGCCACAGGCCCAGAAGCUUGUACACUUGAGGUCACCAAGGCAGAAAUCUGUCCCUGGGAGGCAAGUGGAGGAGAGAAGGAGAAACCGUCCCAGGAAGGAAUGAAGAAGCUCCCCCAGGAAAAGCAGAAAACCCCCAAGAAAGCGACCUUCUGGAAAGAACAGAAACUGGGCGGAGACUUGGAGUCUCUUUGUUCAUGGGAGAGGACUGAUUUCCGUGGCCCCUUAGCAGUCUCCACUGAGGCCCCAGGAACCCCCAAGUGCUCGGGGAGUUGGAGCGGUAGCCUCGCGGAGGUGUGUCCAUGGGAGGCAGGAGAGGCUCAUGCUAUCGAGAAAGCAGAGAUCUGUCCCUGGGAGUUGAGUGAUGAGGUAGUGGGAAAGGAAAUACUGCAUCAGGGGACAGGUGGAGAACCUCUCCAGGAAGAAGGGCAAGCCUCCAGAAAAGGGCUCUUUGGAGAGAUGGGGGAACGAACUGGGAAAGCAAUGCAGAUAUCUAGUCCACAGCAGGAGUCGGUGUGCCCCUGGGAGAGCACAGCCCCUGGGCACUCCAGCUCAUGUCUAGACAAUUCCUCAUCCAGAGCUGGUGGCCAACUCCUGAGCAAUGGAGGAAGCAGAGCCACACAGGUAUGUCCACAGGAAGACCUCAGGCCACAGGUAAAGGCAGUAACACCUGCCAAGGCAGAAAUCUGUCCCUGGGAGGUAAAAGAAAGAACAACAGAGGACUGGACAUCAGGGCAGGCACCCAGAGGAGGAGAGUCUCACAAGGAAAAGGAGAAAAUGUCUGGAACAUCAGGAAUCCAGGAUGUCACAGCUUGGGAAAAGCCUGAGGGACUGAUCCAAAAGCAGGAAGCAGUCUGUCCUUGGGAGAGUGUGGACCCUGGCAGCUUCUCCGCACAACCAGGUCCUCGAGACACAGGUAGACCCAAAGCCAGUUUCCAGGUGUCAGGCAGUGUGGGUAGCAAAACUGCUGCCAUCUGUCCAUGGGACUUGAAGGAUACCUUGCCUGCUGAGAAGGCAGAGAUCUGUCCCUGGGAGGUCAGUGCUGGAGCAGGGGAGGAACAGGCUUUGGGAGUUGAGGCCAUUAGGAAAUUGCCAAAUGUUAUCAGAGACGCUUCUGCCGAUUCUGGAGCCGGUGAGAUAGCUGUUACUGCUCCAAAGAAGCAGGAGAGGCCAGCCCAGGAGCGGAAGGUGGCCUGUCCACGGGAGAGCGUGGAUCCAGGGGGCUCCUCUCAGCAUUCAGACAUUGUGGACAGUGACGGGCUGAAAGCUAGAUUGCAGGAACUGGAGCGUGUGGAGUCCAGGCCAGCUGAGGUGUGUCCCUGGGAAGUGGAGGAAGUGUCUACCAGUGAAAAAGCCAAGAUCUGUCCCUGGGAGGUGAAUGAAGGAGCUACUAGAAAGGGCCUAGAACAAGAGCUGGAGAGUGAUUCAGCAGGGCAGAGGGAGAAAAGUCUAGAAAGGGGGAGGGUCACCUCCCUGGAAGACCUAUCAAAAAAGGAGACAAAACUGAGUCAAGAGCAGGAAGCUAUUUGUCCUUGGCAGGACUCGAGGGAACCCUCUGUUCAGGCGCCUGUGGUCUCAGACUCAUGCAGCAGCAUGAGCAGCACAGCGGCAGAGGGGCCUUCCUUGGAAGUCAGUGACAAGGCAGCAGAGAAAGACCUGACACAAGACCCGAAAACGGGCUCCCUCCAAGAACACGUAACCCGAGAAAAAGCUCCAUCUUCAAAAGCAGAAGUCACUACCAAAGAUGGAGGAAAAGCAAGCGGUGAGCUACAAUCUAUCUGUCCAUGGGAGAGCAUGGCCCGGGCAAGAUCUUCCACCCACCUCGGUGGUCAGUACUCUGACCAACAGAAAGCUGGCUCCCAGAGACCGGGCAGUGUUGAGGGCAGGCGCGCUGAGGUGUGCCCAUGGGACGUUCCUGCUCCGGAUGCUCAUCAGCUUGACAGCAGCACCAAAGCAGAGGUGACUGCAAAAAUCCCUGAGAAAGGGGUGUCAAGACAGGGCGGAAAAGGGGAACCUCAACAGGAGAAGGGGCAAGACCCAGAAAAACCAGAGCGCAAAGUUGUGGCAGUUCAGGAAAAGCCAGAGAGGGCAGAUGGGAAGCAGGAGGCUCUAUGUCCCUGGGAGAGUCAAGGUAGCGGUGGCGGUCUCUCUCCACAAACAGCUCCACAAGCUUCUGACAGAAGCAAAGGCAGUUCUGAGGUAGCAAGCAGUGUGGGAUCCAGGGCAGCAGAAGUGUGUCUGUGGGAAGCGGAAGAGGCACCCUCUGCCAAGAAAGCAGAAAUCUGCCCUUGGGAGGUGAGUAAGGCAGCAGCAGAGGAAGGUGGCCCAGAACAGGAUGUGGACAGAGAACCCCAAGGGCAAGGAGAGCUGUUCCUUCAAAAGGAAGCGUCUGGAAGGACUGAAGAACACUUUUCAAAAGCAGCAGCAAAAGGCAGCAGAGAGCAGGAGGCAGUCUGUCCCUGGGAGGGCACAGGUUCUAGGGGACUCUCCCCCCAGCCAGAUGCUCUGGACACUGACCAAUCCAAAGUCAGUCCCCACGAAGCAAGCAGUGUGGGGAGCGGGAUGGCAGAGCUGUGUGAAUGGGAAGUCACAGAUCCAGAAGGAAAUAAAAUCAUGGGCACCAUGGCAGACAUCUGUCCUUGGGAGGAAACUGGAGCCCUAUCUAAGGAAUCUGGCCUCCCGGCUUUAACAGCAACUCGGACAGAAAUAUUUUUCCCCACAGCCCCUGAGAACCCACCAUGCCUUUCAGUCCAGAGACCUCUAGGUGGUUUCCUUCCAGAAAGCAAAAGCCCCCGCCCCAAAGUGAGCAAGCCAGCCAGUACUUUUACUCUGGAAGGUGUCAGAGAAUUACAAGGACCUUCAGAACUUGGGCCAAGUCUCCAAGAAGCUGAGGCUCAGAAGUCUUCUUCCUUAACUGAAGAUCAAGAAGUGGCUUCCAAAGCUCCACAUCAAGAUUUCGCCCCUCCAACUGUCUAUCCUUGGGACUGGGAGUAACAACUCCCAGUCUGAACUUAUGUAAGGUCAAACAUCAGGUGGUUGGCUUUCAGGAGCCAAGGUCCUUUCCAAGUCCUAGGUGUUCCCAAAAAGCUGAGUCAAAGACACUUGGCCACUUCCUUUCCCCAAGAAGGCCGGGAAGUCAAUUGCCUUGAAGACAAAUUGUACAAGAAGGGUGCAGCUCAGACCACAACAGGAAGUCCCACCCUCUCUUUACUUCCAAUUCUUCUUCCUGCUGCAAGGAACAAAGGCCAGACCCUCUGCUUCUAAUGUAACCUCCCAUCCAGCUAGAGUACUCAACACAAGCCAUCUGUGUCUGGACACUCACUGGAAAAGCCAAUGUUAGGGAUAAAAGAAAGCAGUGCCCCACCCACAUUUUCUCAUAGGUCUGAAGUCUACAAAGGACCAUUUUUCAAGAAGACAAAAUCACACAAGGCAUUGGCAACAUAGGGACUGAAGGUCAUAGAAGGCUAUAGAGGUCACCACAGGAAGCUUAAGAAGCCACUUAAUUCAAGUUCAAAGAUAAAUCAAGAAAAACUUAAAUGGCUCAGAGGUGCCUAAAAUGCCUUAAAUACCUUGUCAUUUUGACUUUGGAUCUCCAGUUUCUGUUUUAUCGAUCCUCGUACCUGUUCUGCUUGACUACUGAAGCAGAGCCAAUCAAGCACUCUUACAUCCAUAUCAUCUGGCAUCCAGAGCAACAUCAGAGACAGAGCAGAGAAGGAAAGGCAAUGGUUCUAGGUCCUUCCCCCACCCCCACCCUCACUGGCCAAGGCCAAGUUCUCCCUUCCAGACACCGUCUCCUAUUUUAAGGAGUAUGCCUCUUGCUAGCCUUUUCAGAAUGCCUCCCUCCCCUUCUUCCUGCUCCAUCUUUUGUCAGUCUCUAGAGUUCAUCUCACUGGUUCAUUCUCCUCCUCCUAGCCUUUCAGUGCUGUCAUCAAAGGGACCCUGUUGUCAAUACAACUGGAGCCGGGAGAAUCUCUGGUUGUGAUGUGAGAACCACUCCAAAUCACUUGCUCAGUAACAAGAGGCCCACAUCAGUCUCUUUCCCAAGGAGCCUGAGAAAGAAAAGAGGUCCUGUUUACAGCCAGCACUAUAACUGCCUUCAGAAAGAGUAGUGCUAUGGGCAGGUUAGAGGCCUGCGGGUUGGGGAAAGGGCAUCACGUAAACACAAAGCCUUCUUUCUUAGGGAGUGCUCUGGUUCUUAGCUCGGCUCUAUUCUCUCAAGUCAGUUCAAGCUCCCCUUACUUAAGCAAUCCUAGAUUGUAACAGCGUGCUGGUUAGAUGACACUACUAGAGGGAAAUAAGGA